AUGAGACCAUCAUUUAUAAGAUUAAAUAAGAAUCAACUUCCUUUACAUGUACGUGCUACUGAUGUAGUACAUAGAUUGACUGUAUUAGGUCUUGUUGGAAUAUGUGUUAUUGGUGGUGGUGGUAUAGCUUUUAACAUUUGGGCAAAUUCGGAUUGGUCACCAUUUAAUAAAAAGAAAUUAGCAUUUGAUGAAAAUCAAUAUCAUGAACAAAGAAAAGGAGAGGAGAAAUGA